AUGUCGGUCAAGCUCAUUCUCAUCUCCGUUACCGUCCUCCUCCUCUUACAUCACGCCCAGGCAGGGUACCGACGGGUGUGUUACCAUACCAACUGGUCCCAAUAUCGACCCGGAUUGGGCAAGUUUAAGAUUGACAACAUAGAUGCCAGUCUCUGUACCCACCUGAUCUACUCCUUCGCCCAGAUCACUAAUAACCAGCUCGCCACAUAUGAGUGGAAUGACGAUCAAAUGUACCAAGAAUUUAAUGCCCUCAAGCUAAAGAACCCGAGCCUGAAGACUUUACUGGCUGUGGGAGGAUGGAAUCAAGCCAGUACACACUUCUCACCAAUGGUGUCGGACCCAACGUCCAGGGCGAAGUUCGUCUCCACUUCUAUCACCUUCCUCCGGACACAUGGAUUCGACGGCCUUGACCUCGACUGGGAGUACCCAGGCACCAGGGGAGGAAAGAUUUCAGAUAAAGUCAAUUUCGCCAUUCUCUGCAAAGAAUUACGCCAAGCCUAUGAAGUCGAAGCUAGAAACACAGGAAGAGAGCGGCUGUUGGUAACAGCUGCUGUUGCUGCCGGAAAGGACAACAUUGAUCCCGCCUACGAUGUGCCCACCAUGGCCAUGUAUCUGGACUUCAUAAGCAUCAUGACCUAUGACCUCCACGGAAGUUGGGAACAGGUAACAGGUCACAACAGUCCGUUGUUUCCGAGGAGUUCUGAGACAGGAACACAAAGAGAAUUAAAUAUGGCCUGGGCAUCUGACUACUGGGUUGGACUCGGAGCUCCAAAAGCAAAGCUUAACAUCGGUCUGGCAACGUACGGACGAGGCUUCACAUUACAGGACCAGUCUAGCUAUGGUAUGGGGGCACCGGUCAGUGGUCCGAGUCCGACCGGAACUUACACACGAGAAAGUGGAUACAUGUCUUACUAUGAGAUAUGUACAAUGACGUCAUCAGGAGGAAAGACAUACCGAGACAGUGAACAACUCGUGCCUUACUAUGUGAACGACAAGACAUGGGUUGGUUAUGACGACGAACAGAGCCUUUCCACAAAAGUGGCCUGGCUGGUACAGGAGGGCUUUGGUGGCGCCAUGGUAUGGGCACUUCCAUUGGAUGACUUCAAUCAAGUCUGCGAAUCGUCUAGCCGGAAGUUCCCUUUGGUAAACAGAAUCAAAGACCAACUCAUCGCUGCUGAGAAUGGCAUUAUUCCAACUCAUGCCCCGGUUUCCACAGCCGCACCACAGACGGUACCCGUCACUACAGUCCAGCCAACGAAUGUACCUGUCACCACAGUCGGCCCCGUAACAACAGCGUCUCCGACAAAAGACUUGUGCAGUGGUAAAGCCGAUGGUUAUUACCAGGACCCUGCACGUUGUGAACGCUACUUCCGGUGUAUCGGCGGGCAAGAACACAGCAACGCCCAGUGUGCCACCAAACCACCACCAGUAACAACAAGCCCGGUCACGACCACGGCACCUGGAGCUUUCUGUGAUGGCCGACCAGCCGGACAUUAUUCACAUCCCACUGAUUGCUCAAAGUUUAUUAAAUGUGCCAACGGUAACAUUCUUGUUGUCUCCUGUCCUGCAGGGACACUUUAUGACAAGGAGAUGCAUUUGUGUGUCUGGGCCCAUGAGGCCAAAUCCCAAGCAGGGUACCGCCGGGUGUGUUACCAUACCAAUUGGUCCCAAUAUCGACCCGGACUGGGCAAGUUCAUGCCAAAGAACAUAGAUGCCAGCCUCUGUACCCACCUGAUCUACUCCUUCGCCCAGAUCACUAAUAACCAGCUCGCCACUUACGAGUGGAAUGACGAUCAAAUGUACCAAGAAUUUAAUGCCCUCAAGCUAAAGAACCCGAGCCUGAAGACUUUACUGGCUGUGGGAGGAUGGAAUCAAGCCAGUACACACUUCUCACCAAUGGUGUCGGACCCAACGUCCAGGGCGAAGUUCGUCUCCACUUCUAUCACCUUCCUCCGGACACAUGGAUUCGACGGCCUUGACCUCGACUGGGAGUACCCAGGCACCAGGGGAGGAAAGGUUUCGGAUAAAACCAACUUCGCCAUUUUGUGUAAAGAGCUUCGCCAAGCAUACGAAAAUGAGGCCCAACAGACCGGCAAAGAGCGCCUCUUGGUGACGGCCGCAGUGGCUGCCGGGAAGGACAAUAUUGACCUUGCGUAUGAUACAACAGCAAUGGCUAUGUAUUUGGACUUCAUCAGCAUCAUGACCUAUGACCUCCAUGGAAGUUGGGAACAAGUAACUGGUCACAACAGCCCAUUAUUUCCAAGAAAUUCUGAGACGGGUAAAGAACGACAACUCAAUAUGAAAUGGGUCGCAGACUAUUGGGUAGGACUGGGAGCUCCUAAACACAAACUCAACAUCGGCCUCGCGACUUAUGGACGAGGUUUCACGCUAAAGGACAAGGCCGAACACGGUAUCGGAGCAGCAGCCAGUGGUCCAAACCCGGCAGGGAGUUACACCAGGGAAGCUGGAUACCUUUCUUACUACGAGAUUUGUACAAUGACGUCAUCAGGAGGAAAGACAUACCGAGACAGUCAACAGCUCGUGCCUUACUAUGUGAACGACAAGACAUGGGUUGGUUAUGACGACGAACAGAGUCUGGCCAUAAAGGUGGCAUGGCUGAUACAAGAAGGCUAUGGUGGCGCCAUGGUGUGGUCACUUCCACUAGAUGAUUUUAAUCAAGUCUGCGGCUCGUCUAGUCGGAGGUUCCCCUUGGUAAACAGAAUUAAAGACGAACUUAUUGCUGCUGAGGGUGACAUUGCUCCAAAUAUCGCUCCGAUAACCACUUCCGGUCUGGGAACGGCUCCAACUGCAGCCGUUAUUAAUAUGUGCAGAGAUAAAAUCGAUGGGUAUUACAAGGAUCCUGCCCAAUGUAACAGGUACUUCCGCUGUGUUGCCGGACAGGAGUAUUUGGCUGAUUGUGACCCUUCUGACGUCAUUACAACACCAACAGGUACUGCAGCACCGGUAAACACAAGACUACCUACAACGGCAAGUGCCAGCACAAGUGGUAGAAUGACUACACCCGGACUGGUCACUACAGCUCCACCUGGGGAUUUUUCAUGCACUGGGCGCCCUGCCGGAGAUUAUCCGAACCCUUCAGACUGUUCAAGUUUUAUCAAAUGUGCCAAUGGGGUCGCUUACAACUUCCAAUGUCCAUCUGGGACACUCUAUGGUAAAGACACAAACGUUUGUGUGUGGGCUGAUUUGGCCAAGUGUUAAGGACAGAUGUGUUACUGUCGAAACCUUUCAUUUCUCUGCAAACAGAAGAAAACAAUCGAAUUUAAUUCUGCAAACAGCCUACUAUGAUUCCAAUAAUAAAAAGCCCACUAAUGCAAGCUCUGAGCGAUAGAACAGUAUAUGUAUAAAAAGUGACUUAUCUGUUAUGGAGUGUUCAUUGAAACAAAACUGCCAGCUAUUGGAAAUAAUCCCUACCAUAUGCAAAAAUACAUUAGCUCUCACUUUUCCAAAGA